AUGACCUCGUCGAACCUCGUCUUCCGCCAUACUGACCGUACUUCGCACCAUACCCUCCGCGUACAGUCGGAGCGAAGACCGGCUGUCGGCCCAGAUGAAGUCCUGGUGCAGAUCCGUGGCGUCACGCUCAACUACCGAGACACGAUCGUCGCUAACGGCACGUAUCCGUUCCCUCUCAAGGACGACCUCGUUCCUUGCUCAGAUGGAGCAGGAGUUGUGGUGGAGCUAGGAGCCGACGUCAAGACUCUGCAACUCGGUGAUCGCGUCAUUGCUAACUUCGACGUGAACAGCCUGGACGGCCUCACACCGGGUAUGAAGCGAGAGUCGCUCGGUGGGAACGUGGACGGUGUCCUGCGGCAGUACAUUGCUCUGCCUGCCCAAGUCCUCACCAAGGUGCCGGAAGAAAGCGACGUCAGCUUCGUGCAGAUGGCGUCGCUGGUAGCUUCGGGCGUCACCGCUUGGAAUGCGCUCUUCGGUGUCCAACCAUUGAAAGCCGGUCAAACAGUUCUGUUCCAAGGGACGGGAGGUGUGUCCAUUAUUGGGCUCCAACUUGCCAAGGCUGCUGGAGCUACCACUAUCAUUACAUCGUCCUCCGACGAGAAGCUCAAGUUUGUCCAGGAGAAGUUCGGCGCGGACCAUGUUAUUAACUACAAGACGUAUCCCAACUGGGCGGCGGUGGCGAACCAAAUCACAAAUGGUCGUGGAGUUGACUUCGUGCUGGAGAACGGGGGCUCUGGAACGAUCGCGCAGAGCAUCGAAGCUAUCACCGUUGGCGGGGUCAUCGCGUUGAUCGGCUUUCUGUCCCCGGCAAAGCAAGAAGAAAUGCCGGACCUCACAGUUCUCCUUCUUGGCAAGGGAUGCAUCGUCCGUGGCAUCUCGCUUGGCAGUCAGCAACAGCUUCGUGACUUGGUGCAGUUCGUGAGCCACCACCAUAUCCAACCUUUUGUGCAGAAGACAUUCGGCUUCAGUCGCAACGAAGUCCUUGAGGCGUUCGAUUAUCUCCAAGCCGGGCGCCACAUCGGGAAGGUUGGCAUCGAAAUCAAGCACGAGGCGUAGGCUCGAAGAACAGAGAAGUACUUGAAGUACUUUGCUUACUGCUUGAAAUAUCUUGUUUUGGUUCUUUACAGUAAUUAAUCGAGCAACACACCUACGAUCAUUUCGGUUCACUGCAGUAAUAGCAAAACAUUUAACCCC